CUCAAAAGACCUUCCAGUCUAACACACCAAAACAAAAAUCAGUUACAAGAAAAAUUUAAAAUAAUCAACAGAACCUCCACAAAAGCGUAUAAAUCCCCACAUUUGCCAUCCCCUCGUUUUAUUUUGGUGAUCACAAAAAUUUACAGUACACAAAUUUUAUUGUGUUUUUUUAAUUUUACAUAGACAAAUUUAGACUUUAAAGCAUUAAAACUACAAAGAUGAUCAAUACUGGAAAAUUAGCUGGACGAACUUUGUUUAUUACCGGAGCAUCGAGAGGAAUUGGAAAGGCAAUAGCAUUGAAGGCAGCCGCUGAUGGAGCUAAUAUAGUCAUUGCUGCUAAGACUGCCGAACCACAUCCCAAACUACCAGGAACAAUUUACACAGCUGCCAAAGAAAUUGAGGAUGCCGGUGGCAAAGCAUUACCAUGUAUCGUAGAUGUCCGCGAUGAAGCUCAAAUCAAAAGUGCAGUAAAGAGUGCAGUUGAUAAAUUUGGAGGCAUUGAUAUUCUCGUCAAUAAUGCAUCGGCUAUUAGUUUAACUCCAACAACAUUGACUGAAAUGAAACGUUAUGAUUUAAUGCACGGAGUUAACACACGAGGAACAUUCUUAGUAUCUAAGGAGUGCCUUCCGUAUCUUGAAGAAUCUAAUCAUGCACACAUUUUGAAUAUUUCACCUCCAUUAAGUAUGAAGCCACAUUGGUUCUCUAAUCAUGUAGCUUAUACGAUGGCUAAGUAUGGAAUGUCUAUGUGUGUUCUUGGUAUGGCUGAAGAGUUUAAAAGUAAGAAUAUUGGUGUUAAUGCUUUGUGGCCACAGACUGCUAUUUAUACAGCUGCUAUGGAUAUGCUGUCAGGUGGAGAUAGCUCUGACUUCUCAAGGAAAGCUGAUAUCAUGAGUGAUGCUGCUUAUGCAAUUCUCGUCAAGGACCCCAAGACAUGCACCGGUAACUUCUUUAUCGAUGAGAAGGUCCUAAAGUCAGAAGGAAUCAAUGACAUGCUCCAGUAUGCCUGUAAUCCAGCUAAUGCUGAUAAACUUAUGCCUGACUUCUUCCUUGAUGACGUUUACGUUGAAGCAUCCAAAGGAUCAUCGGAAAUAGUCGAAGAAGGAACCAUCGCAACCUUAUUCAAGAAGAUCGAAAGUCACAUCACUCCAGAAGUCAUCGAGAAGACAGGAGCAGUUUACCAAUUUGAAGUUCGUGGUGAGGAGGCCGGUACAUGGCACAUAGACUUGAAGAAUGCACCAGGAAAGGCUGGAAAGGGAGCACCAGAUUCACAGCCAGACGCAACCUUAAUUAUGGAUUCAAAAGACUUUUUCAACAUGCUGAGUGGACAAUUAAAGCCAGCAAAUGCAUUUUUGAGUGGAAAAUUGAAGAUAAGCGGGGACAUGAGGAAGGCAAUGAAGAUGGAAAAGUUGAUGAGUGCUUUGAAGAAUAAAGCAAAAUUAUAAAAAAAAAAAUACUCAACUUCCAAUAAAAUACUUAAAUCUAAUUCUGCAAUCACACAAAAAAAAACAUUUAAAUUUUCUUAGGAAUGGUUUUGGUGCUUUGUCAAUAUUCUGCUACGUUAGGGACUGGUUUACUAAAAAAAACAUCAAUUUUUUAAUUUCUAACAUUGACUUGUACCUGUUCGAUACAUU